CGCGCAGACAGGCUGCAGGUGCAGGUGAGUGCUCUAGAGCGCUCUCUAGAGGAGGAGAGGGAGCGCUGCAGGACUGAGCGCCAGCGGAGGAGGAUGCUGCAUAACACUCUAGUGGAGCUGCGGGGGAAUAUCCGAGUCCACUGCCGAGUCCGACCCAUCCUGCCUCUGGACCAGGGCCCUGGAGCCUCCGCAGCCACAGGGUCAGCCCUUGAGGAGGUGGUCCAGGCGGUGAAUGACGACACCGUCCUCGUUAACUGUGCCAAACCAGGAAGCCAAAUCCACAACAAGCUGUUUGAGUUUGAGAGGGUGCACGGGCCGACAGACAACCAGGAGGCCGUCUUUGAGGAAGUGAGACCACUGCUCACCUCACUGCUGGACGGGUACAAUGUGUGCAUCAUGGCGUAUGGCCAAACAGGAGGUGGGAAGACCCACACUAUGGUUGGCUCUCACCAUGACAACCACUCCAGCUCUACAGUUGGAGACCAGGAAGGAAUCAUCCCCAAGGCUGCCUCUGAGCUCUUCAGGCUGAUCUCUGAGCGUCCGGUGGGCGCUCACACGGUGGAGGUGUCGGUGAUGGAGGUCUACAAUAACGAGGUGCUGGACCUGCUGGCCAAAGACGAGGACGGCGUCGCCACGGGAGCCGUCAAGCGCGACGUCAUCACCACGGCAACGGGUACCAGUGAGGUGCCCUGCCUCGCCCAUGAGCCUGUGAGUAGCCGUGCGGAGGUGAUGCGGUUGCUAAGCGCUGUGUUGAAGCUGAGAGCUCAGAGUCCCACGCUGGUGCACAGAGAUUCCUCUCGCUCACACCUCAUCGUCACACUCACCGUCACCUCACGCAGUGCCAACGCCUUCACUAUGGCGCGGCGUCUGCAGAGCAGUCGUCAGGAGCCCCCCCGUGCCCCCCAGCGAGACUUCUGGAGCCCCCGCUGCCCCCGCCGUGCUAACGCUAACGCUAGCGGGGCCCGCGGCCGCGCCGCCCGCAGCACCUCGGAGGACCCCAUCUCCCAGGAGCCCCUGCGCACGCGGCUGCAGCUGGUGGACCUGGCCGGCAGCGAGUGCGUGGGCCAGUCUGGUGUGAGUGGCGCCACCCUGUGGGAGAGCUCGUGUAUUAACCGCAGCCUCUCAGCGCUUUCUGACGUCCUGGGAGCCCUCGCAGAACAGAGGCCUCACGUGCCCUACCGCAACAGCAAGCUCACACACCUGCUGCAGGACUACAUAGGUGGCGAUGCGAAGCUGCUGGUCAUGUUGUGUGUGUCCCCGACUCAGCGCUUCCUGGCCGAGUCAAUGCAGUCGCUCGGCUUCGGCUCCCGAGCUCGCCAGGUCCAGAGAGGAACGCCGCGCCGCAAGAACCCCGGCCUCAAGGUCAAAUAACCCGGCCUCAAGGUCAAAUAGAGGACACCACGCCGCAAGAACCCCGGCCUCAAGGUCAAAUAACCCGGCCUCAAGGUCAAAUAGAGGACACCACGCCACAAGAACCCCGGCCUCAAGGUCAAAUAACCCG